AUGUCGCCACCCCAAGAUCACGAAACAGAUCAAUUCCCGCACGCGCCAGAAAUUUCAUCAAUUCCUAAUGAUGAUCAUCAUCAGGAAAUUAAAUUAUGGUCGGAAUUUAUGAAUCGUGUCGGUUUGGAUGUUUUCCAAUUUAUUCUCUCGUUUCUUCCACCAAUUCCCUAUUUAUUUCAACUCAAGAGGGUUUCAUCACACUGGAAGGAAUUAUGUGAGGAGUGUAUGAAGGAGGAUUGUACUGAAUUGUUUUGGGAUCAGAAUUCAUCUUUGGUUGUUCUCAAUAUGUUGAAAUUUAAUUUGAAAGAUUAUGCGAGUAGAGUGGGACUUCCGGAACAGUAUGAAGAUGAAUUAUUUGUGAAAAAUUACGGUAGCAAUGCCAUGAGUUAUGUCAUGUUUGGAUUUUUGAGGAAUGUCUUGAUGAAUUUUAACAAAUUGAGAUCAAUUACUUUUAGGAAUUUAGAAUUGAAUGCUGCAUUGUUGUAUUUGAUUUUUGUGGAAUGGGGAAAAGAGGUGGAGAGUAUCAAGUUUGUUCAGUGUACUGUUGAUUUUUCAAAUAUGUCAAGAAAGAUUCUGUAUAGUGAAAAUGCGGAUGUUAUUACACAUCAGCAAUAUUUAUAUUUUAUGGAUCCUGCACGGAUUUUGAAUGUGAAAUUCGAAUCCAAAUCAAAACUUGAAUCUUCCUUUACAAUUUUGCUUGAAAAAAUGAAAGAAUCAAAAUUGAAGAAUAUUAGUUGUUACGAAUGCACAUGUCUUACAGGUUUUAAUACUAUGAGUAUUGAUCUAAUACUACCUUUUGAAUUGAUGGGUCUGAUUUCAUCCAUUGAAAAUUUGGAGUCUGCCUAUUACGAUACUCUAAUUCCUUUGACAUCCUUUGAUAAUCUGCCAAUAUUCAAAAAGCUGGUACCUAAUGUCAAGUUUAAUUUGCCUUGCUCGGUGAUUGCCUCCAAAAUGUUGGUUUAUUCGAAAUAUGAGGAAGUUGUAGAUUAUUAUUUUUCCUACUUGUCAAGUAAUUUUUCAUUGAGGAAAACCAGAUUGAAAGCUUAUCAACAGAGAAAGAUCAAAAAUAUGCAAGAAUUUGAGCAUUUUCACAACAAUAUAAUUCCUUCACUUGUCAAAUUCUUUCAAGUAUAUUCACCUUUUGGACUAGAUACAGAUCUAAAGGACAUUCAAGGGUUUAAUAUUCUUCACAUGGCGAUCAGUGGUGAUAUGCGUCAUGUAAUUGAUUUCAUAUUUGAUUAUUUUACGUUUUACAAUCAGGAUACUAACAAUGUGGAGGAUACAACUCGCAUUUUGAAUCAUUUGUUUGCAGCAAAUAACAGAUUGGAUGGCAGAAACUCAACAUUUAUAAUAGUUACAAAAGAAAAGACAUCAAUAAUCACCAAGAUGAUGGAACAUUUGGUUCAUUUCAAUGCUCAAGACCGAGAUGGAUUAACGGUAGCUCACUACUAUGCUCAAUUCGGACAAAUUUCAAAAUUGAAAUCGAUUAUAGCAAUACUAGACAAAUUACCAACUGUUGCCGAAAGGAAAUACUUUUUAAAUUUCAACAUUACAAAUAAUCAAGGAGAAACAGCAGUGGACAUUUGUUACAGGUACAAAAUGUUCGCCCUAUUGAGAUAUUUGGCUGAAAUUGCUCCAAGAUAUGAUAUUCAGAAUAUUCCUGAAAAGCUUCCAGAGGAAAUUGUUCUCACAACUGAAGAUUUUGCCAAAGCGUUUGUUCAGAAAACACCACCAAAGGUUCCAACCAAAAAGUCUUGUCUAUUCAUGUAA